GCAUCACUCACUCACCAUCAACACACUUGGCAUGCUGCGGCGCCGUCGCCAUGCCCGAUGAGUCGAGUACAGACACAGGCGGCGAAGUGACGCUCAGCAUCACCCUCACCGCCCCGCCAGCGUGGCUUGAGUGGUCGCGGCGGGACAGCGAUCCGCUCGCCCCGGUGUCGGCAUAUACAUCGCGCGCGCCCAAGUUCACGUAUACACGCCUAAAGGCCGUUCGCCCCAGCGCGAGCAUCGCCGCAGUGCUCUCUGACGUAUCCGCCCUCACCCCCCUCGUCGCCGCGAUCAACGAGUCGCGCGCCACCGAGCUCGAGCUGAGCAUCACGGCAGACUGGGCGGACCAACGUGCAGCCUUCACCGAGGCCUUCCUCGCCCUCCUCGACCUGCCCACGCUGCGCUCCCUCGGCGUCGAGACCACAGUGCACCCGCGCGAAGUGUCCUCGCUCGUCAACUUGCUAUCCCGCACACCGCAUCUCGAACGCCUCGCCAUCGACCUCUCCCGCUCCAAGUCCAAGCCCGCAGACGAACACGCCAUCAUCUCCGCGCUGGAGGCUGCCGGCUCGCUGGCAGACUUUUGCCUGUACGGCUGCUGCUCGUCCUUCUGGUCCGGGUGCCGGUGUACCUUUCCGAACCGGCUGGCAAGCGGGCACAUCCAGCGACUGGCAAGGGUUGUCGAGGGGAGCGGGGAGCGAGCGGCCGCGGUGCGCGGCGCGGCGCUGGGGGUGCUCGUUGCUGCUAGGGUGCUGCUGCGCGCGUUUCCCGAGGGCGGGGUGCCGCACAAGAAGAAGGGCCGGGGUCGAGGGAGGGAAGGAGCAAGUGGGACCGAGGCGACGCCGCCGCCCAUCCUCACGCUGCCGCCGGAGCUGAGGCUCCACAUUGCCUCGUUUGUCGGCCGAGGUGUUCUCGACGCCGCCCAGACCAGCCAAGUGCUCCGCGCCGCGGCGAGCUACGACGCGCUGCAGCGCGAAGUCGCGUGGCGGCGUCUCGCCCUCCGCCGAGGGCUGGGCGAGGUGGCUGCGCGGGACGAGUGGCUCGCGAGCGCGGGGUUGUAG